GUCACAUUUUGGAAUUAUGGGAUUUCUGCUGGUUAGGUAUAUGGCAACACAAGCCUUGUGAUAAGGUAUGCAUGCAAUGGCUUCCCGCGAGACUUUGCUUGAGGGAUAUUCAAUAUGACAGUUCCAUGUAGACUGCUGCUGGCAUCCUCGCAAUUCGGCUCAAAAUUUACCACAGCGAGUGCAGAAAGCAAGCUUGCAAACCUAGAGCGAAUCAUCCAAAAUGAGCUGAUUGAGUUUAUUCGUUUGGAGCAAACUGAUAUGCAUGGUAUUUCACGCUCGAAAACUAUUCUAUCAAAGUAUCUCAGAGAUAGGGCAUACAAAGGGCAGUACAUGCCCCCAAUGUUGAGUAUUGAUGUAGCAUCAAAUGAUGUAGAGGGAGCUGGAUUUUUGGAGGAAAUGAGCUACGGUGAUUUUUUGAAUUUCCCUGAUCUGAGCACAUUCUGUGUGCUACCCUGGGCUGAAUCCACUGCUCAAAUUCUAGUCGAACCAUUUCAUCAAAACAACAAACCUGUGUCAGCUCAUCCGCGAUGGCUAGCAAAACGUCAACUGCAAAAUCUUGAAGACAUGGGUCUUGCACUCUUAUCCUGCUUUGAGCAUGAAUUCUUUAUCACAAACAAAGAUUGCACACCCAUUGAAACAAGUACGAGUACAAGAUCUACAAUUAGAAACAAUCAAUUCCCAAAAUUGUUUCACCAAAUCUUCAGACAAAUCCCAGGAGAUAUGUACAGUUUCGAAUCAGAAGGUGGUCCGGGACAGUUUGAAAUAUCAUGCAAGCCAGCAUGGGGUCUUGGGGGAGCAGACGAGGCAUUUGCAUUCAGAACAGCCAUCAAAGAAAUUGCCCAACAGCAAGGGCAUGUGAUAACCUUCAUGACAAAACCGUUCCCUGACGCAUGUGGCUCCUCAGCGCAUUACAACUAUUCUAUAUGGGACAUGGAUCGAAAGAGAAAUGUUUUCUCUGAUCAUAAUGGUGCUUACAGUCUUAGCAAGAUGGGGCAACACUGGCUUGCCGGAAAUCUGAAGCACUCACAAGCCAUCUCUUGUCUCCUGGCACCAACCAUCAACUGCUGGAAAAUUUUAUCUCAGAGAGCUUACAUUCCCUACAAUAUCUCCUGGGGUAUAGACAAUCGCAACACACUCAUUCGAGUAAAAAACAGUGGUAACGACAAGACAUACUAUGAGAACCGAAUGGUUUGCAGUUCAGCGAAUCCUUACCUUUGCCUGGCUGCUACAAUUGCUUCUGGAAUAGACGGUGUCAGGAGAGAACUUGAACUGCCCGAUGAAAUCAAAGACGAAGCUUUUAAACUGGGUCCUGAUGUUUGUCCCCCAUUACCAAGAAGUCUUCAUGAGUCUUCAUGAGUCUCUAGAUGCUCUAAAUGAAGACAAAGUCAUUGUUGAUUCAUUAGGUGAUGAAUUUGUAAGGUGCUUUACAGCAGUCAAGAAACAUGAAAUACGGCUGUACGAAGAGAACAAGGAGGAUUCAAAC